AUGAGUAACCCAACAAAUCCACCACCCUCUUCCUCCUCCUCGGUUGUUGGCCAACAUCACCCACAACAACGACCGUAUCAUGCUGUAUCUGGAGGAUCUUCUCAUCAACCACCUCAUAUGAUGCAGCAUGGUUCUGCUUCGGUUUCAUCAAUGGCAUCAUCGGGUCAGGGUGGCAGCAGUAGUGGAUCAUUAUCGGCGGCGGCGGGUGGAGGAUUUGCUCAACAACAUUCAUCAUCAUCGACGAGUCGACCACCUGGUCAAUACCCACCCAGAUCUGGUCAAAACACUGUACAAAAUUCGAGUCGACCACCCAAUCCUGUUGCAAGAGGUUCAAGCAGCAUGAAUCCGAAUAUAACCAGUAGUAGACCACCCACAAAAAAACAUCCACCGAAUCAACCAUACAAUACAACAACGUCUUCUCAUUAUCAUCACGGUGGAAUAACAAACAUUUCUGGAUAUAAUCAAACGCAGCCUACAGGGACAAAACUAAAAUGUGGAAAGGUUGAAGUGGAUCUUCUCUCACCAAAAUUGGGCUUUCCGGAUGUAUAUCCUUGCGAGCAACAUUCCAGAAUACCGGAAGUUACAUUUUCAUCAACUUUUUCAAGAGAGGGAUAUGUUGACAAAACAUUUUCAAAAAUCGAUCAUCAAGAAAUUAAUGCUUUUGGAAGUUUUUUUUUAGAUUCUUCUUUUUUUGCAAAUCUGGAGAGAUGUGAACAAACUUUGAGAGAGGAACACAAAUCAUUCUCUACUAACAAGACAAGAGAGGAAAUGAAACAACGGUUCGACAAUGCUGUUAAUUCAUGCAAUUGUACUGCUACAACCACAUUCUUUCCAAAAACAGUUGAAAAUUUUAACAUCAUGUUUAAAGCAUUGGCAGGAAAACCUGAAGAGCAGAAGCGACCCAUGAAUAACGCUACUUCACCAAGAGUACCUCUGAGAGAACUUGUGUCAAAAGUGGCCAAAUAUUUUGUAAAAGCGAACUUCUUCGAGAUACUUGCGCAAAACAACAUUCCGUACUUUAGAGCACUAUGGUAUACCAAGAUUUUAAUACGAGACAAUUCAGCUGGAUCAAAUGUUAAUGUUAAAGACUUAAGUUUGGACUUAACAAACAAGCUUUGCGAGCACAUAUUGAACAUUUGCUCUGAAGAAAGCGCCGAUCCAAAGAAGCGUCAAUCUGUUAUGUAUACCAUUAAUUUUCUUGCCUAUUGCCUUGAAGAGAAGAUGCUAAACGAGUCCGUUUUGUGUCAAAAGCUGCUUGAAAUGCUUGAAUCAAAAUUUGGUUUAAAACCAAAGGCAAGCAAAGAUGUACCUCUCAUGGACGCUUAUUUCUUCUCAUUACUUUCCAUCAAAUCAAACGACCAAAUUUUCCAAAAUCUAACCAAUACCAUCAACUCUUCCAAAAAAGUUGGACCUGUCACCAAAUUUUAUAUUUUACAAUUUUUUAAAUUAUAUAUGACCUAUUCGUCAGAUCCUAAAUUUUCCUUCGAGGUUUAUCGAAGAUUGAACCCUGGCCAACAGCAAUUAUCCAUAGAUAAUGUAAAACACUUGAUCUACAAGACAAAGGAUGAUAUAUUUGCAAUUAAUGUACUAGAUAGAACGGAUUGCAACAUAUCUGAGCUUUACAACAUUUUACUAUACAACAAAGAUAUUGGUGUACAUCUAAUAUCUAGCAUUUGUGAAUGGGCAAUAACACCAAAAAGGCAACAGAAUCAUAGACCUUAUGUUGCCGGAACACUGGUUAAUUAUUUCAUCAAACAGAACCCUGCAUUGAAAAAACAAGUGGAGGAAUCACUAUUUAAGGAGGUUUUAAGCUAUUGUGAAGAAUCCUCUGAAGAUACUUCGUUGAAUAUUAUCAAACUAUUCAAUGAAUUGAUUUUGCAAAAUAAUUUUUCAAUCAGUGAAUACAUCAAGUAUUUAACAGCAAGAGGCUUUAACGUAUCAAAAACGGACAAGUUUAACACCACACAUUCCUAUAUUCUUAGAAACCUUCCUUCAUACGACUCUCUCACCAAGAACAAGAUCAAUUCUAAAUUAUAUGGACCAAGGUUUGACUCUGACAAUUCUGAAGCAAAGAAAAUUCAAACUUCGCAAAACGAUAUCAAGGAAAAUAUUUCAAAGAUUAUUUAUGGAAGUCUUAGCCAGAAUGAUAUGGAUGAGACUGUAAAAGCAGUCAUCAGCUCUAUUCGGGAGCUACCCUUGAAAGGUGCUCAAUUUGAAAUUACUCAGUGGAUAUCUGAUGAGCUGAAGUCUCUUGACUCCAGCCUGUUAAGUGAAGAUAUUAUCGAUAAUUUACUUGCGAUAACUCUUGCAGUUUCAAACUAUAGAGCUUUUAGAGAUAUCAUUUUUAAUAUUCUUAACAAGCUCGUUAGUGGAGAGUGCAAGUUUUUUGGCCUCGAGAUGAAGCUAUUCUCUAUUAUUAGAAAUGGUAUACAGCUAUUUAUUGCACUGGAUGACUCUGAAAUGAUUGACUUGUUCCAAAAGCGAUACAAAACCAUCAACAACCGAAACUUCCAAAUCGUUAUUUAUAAGUACUUGACGGAAAUUAGUUCAUCCCCCAACUGUGAGGCCUUCAAGGCUAAAAUUUCCAAGUUUAUUUCUGUGGUAGAAAAUCUUUACACUCCACCAGCUCCGCUGAAUAUGGAUUUUACUUUGACCCCAAUGACAACUCAUCCAUUCAUUGAGUAUGUCAAGAAAGAAGGUGCAAACCUAAUUCACACGAGCCCAUCCUCUCUCGUUUCAGAAUAUACUCUUAGCAAUCCUCAGAGAUUCACACAAGAGCAAGUAUUCAUACUAUUGCAAGUAUUGUUUGCACAAUACCAUCAACACAAACAUGCCUUCUUCAUUCGAUUAUUACGGGAUAUGUCUCUUCAAAGUGCCUUGUUUGAGAACUCUGCCAUUAUCGAAUGCUUAACUCACUUCAUUGUUCAGAUUUUAGAUGAUCCUCAUUCUACAACAGACCUUAUUGUUUCCCUCAUUCAAUUUAUCAUAGAAAGUAUUACGAACGGCCUUCUUUCGGGAUAUACCUUUCUUAACAAUAUUUUAUUCAGAGUCUUUGAUUUAUUGAUGCAGAAAAUCAUCAAUCUGAAGAAUAUACCCAAUCCUCCCAAAACCUUCAUUUUCUUUUACAUCUAUUUCUUACGAAUUUUUGUCAAUUUUUCCUUUAGCACCACGAAUGAAAAGAUUAGUGCAUUGAUGACUGAAUGUGAAAUUCCAGCUGACUCAGUAGCCUCAAUCGAUCAACAUAUUUAUUCUAAUAUUAUUACCAACACAUUUUAUGACUUCCUAGGGCCUUUUGAAUCGAAAGAACUGAUUUCUAAACUUGCUGUUUAUUGUAAAAACCUUUACAAAGAGGCUAUAUCUAGUCAUGGCGAUCAGAACAGAAACAAAAAAGUUUACGAAUCCAUGGUUGAAAUUUUACAAGACUAUCUAGGAAAUCCCAAAGCUUUGAGAGACAUUAGCCGUACUGUUUCAUAUACCCAAGAUUGUCUUGGAUUAUUAUAUGAACUCCCAUCCAAAGGAAAGGAAAUUGAAUAUGGUAAUAAGUACCAAACAAUAUCAACACUCAUAGAAAGCUUGAUUAAGCCAUUCUCAAGCGAAGCUACAAAUACUGUUCCAGGAAGGUUAUUCGCAUAUCUGAGCCAAAGCACGAGUAUCAACGAUUAUUUGAACUUUGUAAUGAACCUUUCAAAAUCUUGCGACAAAUGGAGAAUUCCAAUUGACUCUCACAUACUAUUUAUUUACAUGUUUACUUGGAACAAGAGAAAACCUCUACAAAGAGAGCAGUAUCUCCCUUUUGCAACUCGAAAAGGAAAAGAUGAUCCAUUCUUCUAUGCCAAAUCUCUUUUACCAAUACUAUUCUAUGCUCCAUUCGCAAUGUUUCAGGAUAUUAUUCUAGAACUAUUCCGAUCAGCCAUCACCUAUAAUGAAAAACGUCCACAAGAUGAAAAACGCCAACAAGACGACAAACGUCAGCAAGAUGUGGAAAAUCUAUGGCCUACUAUUGAUGAGCUCAUUCGAUUGGAUCAGGGUAAAGCUGAAGUUGCUUGUCGUUACGUACUGGACUCGAUUAAUGGAACCUUAAAAGAUCAAAAUAGUCCGAAUAUUAGAGAAAGAUUGACCACUGCUCUUUUUUUGUUUGAAGGAAAUCAUUUUCUAUUCUCCACUCCUUGA